AUGGCUUCGAAAGUGCUUUUGAAGGCCAUCAAGGCUUCUCUUGAUAGUGGCCAUUUCGAAAAAGCAGCCGCGCAGGCAGAAGAUGUGCUCAGUCAAGACAACAAAAACCACACGGCUCUACUAUUUCUUGGGUUUGCGAGAGAAAAACUGAACGACCUCGACGCUGCUGAGAAGGCUAUUCGCAAAGCGGCAGAUUUGAAGCCCCAGGAUCCCCAGGCCUACAAGGGGUUAAUCACGUUGUUUGAGAAACAAGGCAGCUCUAAGGUGGACGCAUAUCACGAUGUCGCGUUCAAAUUGGCAGACAUUUACGCCCAGCAAGAAGACCGAGCUCAGUGUCAGAAUGUCAUUGACAAGUAUGAGCUGUUUGCAAAGAAGCAUGGGACCAGAGCACAGUACCGAAGGGCACUGGAAUUGAUCCUUCCAACGUCGAGCCUAUAUUCCGCCCUGGAGGGCCGAGUUAUGCAGCCAUCACUUACGUACCAGCGCAUACUGGAGUCAGCCGAGGCCGAGGAGAAAGAAUGGAUCAACACCCAAAUAGGAGAAAGAAGAACACGAUUGGGAGCGAGGAUCGAUCAAGUCACCAAACAGGUCAAGGCCGAGGCAAUUGAUAAAUUUCAUGUCGAAGAUAUCUAUGCGGCGCUAAUCGAUUGGACCCGGGACGAUGAUGCACGCCACGAUCUGGAGCAAAAACUCUUUAAGCGCAUGUAUGACAAUCUGCAUGUAGUUCCAGAACAGAAAAAACCCCAACAACGCGACAAGGUCCUGACGAUGGCGAAUGGUAUGGUCAUCGUCAAACAGCCAUUUAACCUGGCGUGGAGAGUUGCUCUCGAAUGGGUAGAUGCCGAGGAGCUCGAGGAUUGGGAUGUUCACAUCUUUCGCGAAUACGUUGGCUUUUUUCCAGAAGACGGCUUGAGCAAGAUCCUCGGAGGAUUCCUCAAUAGCGACUUUUCACCUUUUCCACAACCACCUGUCGAUCCCUCCGAGGAGUCGGAAAAGCCUGAGACGCUAAAUGGUGCCGACCUUUUAAUUCUAUUGAAUGAGGGGCUUGAAGAUUGUCCAGACUCUCUGCUAGCCCAUCGCAUCAUGGCCUACGUCUAUCUUCGUUUCGAGGAUUGGGAAGGUACUGUUAACGUGGCGCGCAAAGCCCAAUCACUGGUCAAAGAUGCGCAACAUCUUUUUGCGCUGGAGCUACAGAACACUCUGGACGGCGUCAACCUUAUCCUAGCCAAAGCAUUGAUCGAGUACCAGUCUCCAAGGUAUCACCCAGAAGCAAAGUCACUAUUCGAAGAAAUCCUCAAGCGCAAGCCGAAGCUGACCGCAGCAUUACUUGGAAUCGGGUUGAUAUUCGAAGAGGAUGAAGAUUAUCCACAGGCUGUCCAAUUCCUGCAACAAGCUUCGGAGCGUGACCCGCAUAAUGUUCGGGUCAAGCUCGAAUUUGCCUGGUGUCGAGCUCAAAAUGGUGAAAUUGAGGACGGUCUUCGUGAUCUUCAGCACAUUCUGUCAGACAUUGAAGAAGAACGACAUCAGGAUUUAUUGGUAAAGUCUAUCGUCUUAUACCGUAUUGCCUGGUGCCAGUGGCACCUCAACCCAUCGGCAAAAGCACGCAAGGACAAGUCAGGGCCCUAUAAAUAUCUCAUUUCUUCGGUCAAGGCCAACCCGAGUUAUGCUCCAGCGUACACGCUGCUAGGCACUUAUUUCCAAGACUAUGGCAAAAGCAAGCAGAGAGCUCGAGUUGCACUCCAGAAGGCGUUUGAGUUGUCUACUUCCGAACUCGAUGCGGCGCAUAGACUGGCCAAAGCAUUCGCGGACGAUGCUGAAUGGGACCUGGUUGAAUUGGUUGCACAGCGGGUAGUAGCUUCCGGGAAAGCCAAACCAGCACCGGGAUCCAAGAAAAGAGCUUAUAGCUGGCCAUUUGCCGCGUUGGGCGUUGUUCAAAUGAAUAAGCAACAAUACUUUCAGGCCAUAGUUUCCUUCCAGGCGGCACUUCGCAUCAACGCAACGGAUUAUUACUCCUGGGUGGGACUGGGAGAGAGUUAUCAUAAUGCCGGACGCCAUAUUGCUGCUACGCGAGCAUUUGCAAAAGCUCAAAGCCUCGAUCAUGGCCUUCCUGCUGACGAAACUUGGUUUGCCGAAUAUAUGCUUGCGAAUGUGCAACGCGAGAUGGGUCUUUAUGAUGAGGCAAUUCUGGCAUACAAAGCAGUACUGAACCUGAAGCCCGACGAGUUUGGAGUGCUCAUCGCCCUCCUUCAGACCUUGUCAGAGAGUGCAUGUGCGAAGGUUGGCUUGGGGAUGUUCGGGGAGGCCGUCAAACUUGCAGCCUCUGCCAUCGAGGUGGCAACAGACAUUGCACAGCGCAAUACUGAUUCUUUCAACCUCUGGAAAUCGGUUGGUGACGCUUGUUCUGUUCUGGGACAGGUCAAACUCUACGGCGAUUCUGCAAACCUCCGAUCAAUCAUAUCGCUACUGCGGCUGUCCCUGGGCAAUGACUUGGAAAUCCUCGCAGACCUAGACAAGGUGGAUUUGGACGCCACUACCACGAACGACCACCAGACUCAGUCAAGCCUGAGCGACUCCUUCCUUCACACCGCCAUACUAGCCCACAAGCGCGCCGUUCAUGCCUCUUCCACAGACCAACAUGCCCAGGCUGUCGCUUGGUACAACCUCGGAUGGGCCGAAUUCGAAACAUACACAAUUUCAGCUGCACCGACAGAACUCAGGGGGAAGAAACACCGCCGUUUUUUGAAAGCAGCAAUCAAGUGUUUUAAGCGAGCCAUUGAGCUCGAAGCAAGCAACUCCGAAUUCUGGAACGCCCUUGGAGUUGUCACACUGAACCUCAGCCCACAAGUCUCGCAACACGCCUUCGUUCGAAGCUUGCAUCUCAAUGACCACAGUGCCAGGACCUGGACCAACCUUGGAGUUCUCUACAUUGUACAUGGAGACAAUCAACUUGCGAACGAAGCUUUCACCCGGGCACAGUCGGAAGAUCCCGAAUACGCGGACGCUUGGAUUGGACAAGGCUUGCUUGCGCUAUUGUUUGGCAGUAUGGGCGAAGCAAGAGGGUUGUUCACGCACGCCUUUGAUAUUGCCGACUCAUCACGCUUGCCAGCACAACGUCACUAUGCAAUUUCGGCAUUCGAUUAUCUGCUCAAAGACCCUUCAAGGUCACAAGAGGUCGACCAUUUGUUGCAGCCACUCUUCGCGAUGCGACAGUAUCAUGUACAACAGCCCUCGGACUUGAUCACGAGCCAUCUGAUGGCUCUUUUGGCAGAACGCGCGGGGGAUUGUGAAAGUACUUCCAAAGUCCUUCAAGAUAUAUGCGACGCUGUUGAAGCGGAGUUUGAGAAGUCAGAAUCCACCGAGUAUCUAGUCAAGUUUGCACAAGCAAAAGCCGACCUGUCUCGGGCACAACUUGCAGGAGGGGACUUUUCGGGUGCUGUUUCGAGUGCAGAAACGGCUCUCGAUCUAUCGGGAGAGGCCGAUGAUUUUGGGCCGGCGUAUUCAGAACUUCGCCAGAAGUGGCGCUUAUCUGCGCAAGUCACCAGCGGCCUUGCACAUAGUCAUUUGGGCAAUACGGAGCAGUCGAUCAAAAUGUUUCAAGAAGCGCUGAGAGAAGGGAAAGAUGAGCCGGACAUCGUCUGCAUGCUUGCACAAGUUCUGUGGGCCAAGGGUGGCGAGGCGGAAAAGGAGGCGGCUCAAUCACAGUUGUUCAACGUGGUUGAAAACAACCCGAAGCACGUCCAGGCCGUAUGCCUCUUGGCGGUCAUGGGACUGCUUGAUGAUGAUGAGGCUGUGCUAGAAGCGGUUGAGGAAGAGCUCAAAGCCGUGAGACUGACGGACGACGUUGGAGUUUUGGACAAGAUCCGGGUGUCCAAAGUACUGGCGGGCGUCGUUGGAUGCAAACAAAAAGCACAGCAGGAUGGGGAAGAGGCGCAGGUGGCCACGAUCGCGGAUGCGCUAGAUGGGAUCAUGCUGGCCCCUGGACAACCACAGGGCUGGCUAGAGCUUUCACAAGCUGUUCAAGACGAAGAUGCUGGAGUCUAUGCCGGAGAAAUGGCCGUGCUGAACGCAAGUCGUCAGGUACCUCCCGGUGGCAAACUCGAAGCGGAUGAUCUAGCGCUGGCAUAUCAAGGCACUGGUCAGGUCGAUGAUGUGUUACGGGCAAAGAUGCUGGCUCCAUGGAGGACGGAAAUGGAUGUUACAGCGUUCUGA